AUGGUCGAGUUAUCAGAUUUCCAGCGUCAGGAAAAGGUGGGUGAAGGCACCUACGGAGUGGUGUACAAGGCGCUCGACACCAGACACAACAACCGAGUGGUUGCGUUGAAGAAAAUUAGAUUGGAGUCGGAGGACGAGGGCGUGCCCUCGACUGCCAUCCGAGAGAUCUCGUUGUUGAAGGAGAUGCGGGACCAGAACAUCGUCCGUCUCUACGACAUCAUCCAUUCGGACUCCCACAAGUUGUACCUUGUGUUUGAGUUCUUGGACUUGGACCUCAAGAAGUACAUGGAGUCCAUCCCUCAGGGCGUGGGUUUGGGCGCCAACAUGGUCAAACGGUUCAUGAACCAGCUCGUCAAGGGUAUCAAGCACUGCCACAGCCACCGGGUGUUGCACCGGGACUUGAAGCCCCAAAACUUGUUGAUCGACAAGGAGGGUAACUUGAAGCUUGCUGACUUUGGGUUGGCUAGAGCGUUUGGAGUGCCCUUGAGAGCAUACACCCACGAGGUCGUCACCUUGUGGUACAGAGCCCCCGAGAUCUUGCUUGGAGGCAAGCAGUACUCCACCGGAGUCGACAUAUGGUCGGUAGGGUGCAUCUUUGCCGAGAUGUGCAACAGAAAACCGUUGUUCCCAGGUGACUCUGAAAUUGACGAGAUCUUCAGAAUCUUCAGAAUCUUGGGGACUCCCACCGAGGAAACAUGGCCUGACGUCAGCUAUUUGCCGGACUUCAAGCCCACUUUCCCUAAAUGGUCCAAGAAGGAAUUGGCAGAAUUCGUCCCUACCUUGGACAGCGAUGGUGUUGAUCUUUUACAGCAAAUGUUGGUUUACGACCCUAGCGGAAGAAUCAGUGCCAAACGUGCAUUAAUCCACCCAUACUUCCAGGAAGAUGAAGGUGAAAACUACGAUGGGUAUUCUAGAUCGGUCAACAUGGGAAUGUCGGCCUACCAGACUUGUUUAUCGUCACCAAGUGCUGAACUCUUUGAUACUAAUACUCUCAAAGUUAACUACAUCAGAGUCGUAACUAUUUUGCAGAGAUUAUUAUUGCAUCUAACUGUGUACUAG